AAUGGCUACAGCCUUAGGUUUAGGUUAUGGUACUAUAGCAAUAUUAGCAGGGUUUGUAUUAGCCCUACUUAUCACAUUCUUUUUCGGAAGGUCUACAAGAUCUCCAGAGUAAACAAUACGGCAAUUAAAAGAUUAGUUUGUCUUUUAACGAUGUUAAUUCCAAUAAUAUUGAUAAUAAUAUUUACAGCAUCUCCAAAGAAAAGCCAGAUUUUGACAGAUUCCGAUUAGGUUGAUUCUUAUCUUCCAGUUGUUAUAUUUGCAAUGGUAUUUGGAAUAGUAAGUGCUUUGGGUGCUUUAUUGUGCAUACUUGGACAUUACUAUUUUUAGGGAUUGAGAGCAAUAAGAAUAAGUUCAUAAUUAGAGAUGGAGAGAGAUAAAUAGAAAUUGGAAAGAAAAAAACCAGCUUGAAGU